AUGUUAAAGCAAGGCAAAGGUCGAUUGCAUGCUGGAAAUGAUAGACUUAGUGAUGAGGAUGCUCUUUCUGGAACAAUGCCAAAGCAAGGCAAAGGUCGAUUGCAUGCUGGAAAUGAUAGACUUAGUGAUGAUGAUGACAUAGAUGAGGAUGCUCUUUCUGGAACAAUGUUAAAGCAAGGCAAAGGUCGAUUGCAUGCUGGAAAUGAUAGACUUAGUGAUGAUGAUGACAUAGAUGAGGAUGCUCUUUCUGGAACAAUGUUAAAGCAAAGCAAAGGUCGAUUGCAUGCUGGAAAUGAUACACUUAGUGAUGAUGAUGACAUAGAUGAGGAUGCUUUUUCUGGAACAAUGCCAAAGCAAGGCAAAGGUCGAUUGCAUGCUGGAAAUGAUAGACUUAGUGAUGAUGAUGACAUAGAUGAGGAUGCUCUUUCUGGAACAAUGUUAAAGCAAGGCAAAGGUCGAUUGCAUGCUGGAAAUGAUAGACUUAGUGAUGAUGAUGAUGACAUAGAUGAGGAUGCUCUUUCUGGUGAGGAUAAAUAUUGAUUAUAAUUUACAUGUAUUUACACAACAUCAUCUCAAAUAUAAACUCUCUCUCCCUCUCUCUCUCUCUUUCUUCGCUCUCUCUCUCUCUCUCCUCAAUCAUAUCAGUUUUGCACACAUGUAGUGACAUUCAGGUUGAAAGUGUUUAAAAAAUGAGUUGAACUAAAGAACUUUUCUCUUACCCCGUCUCUCACUCUAUUCAUUGUUCUGUCUGUCUCUCUCUCUCUCUCUCUCUCUCUCUCUCUCUCUCUCUCUCUCUCUCUCUCUCUCUCGUUUUGCACACAUGUAGUGACAUACAGGUUUAGUGUCAUCAUCAAGCUAAACCUAAGAGAACUGAAUUUUUUGUUCUUUUUCUC